CAAGAAAAGCCAGAAAGAAAUGGGAAAUAAGGGUCUUAAGAGUGUAAUCAUGUGUGUGCUGAUACUAGGGAUAAUCUACGAAGUAGAGGGCAAGAGUUGCUGCAUGAGCACCCUGGCAAGAAACUGCUACAAGAUAUGUCGUCUGAAUUUUGCCCCAGCAAUCUGUGCAAUAACAUGUGACUGUAUAAUCAUAAAAGGCAAAAUAUGUCCACGUGGCUACCCUAAAUUGAACCUUCUUCCAAACUCCAGUGAACCAAAUGCCACUGAGUACUGCAACUUGGGAUGUGUGUCUUCUGUGUGCGACACCAUGAACAAUGACUUUCCCGGCAAGGAGAUGAAGAUUGACAUGGAAAGCUGCAGUGAUGCAUGUGACCGUUUCUGCAAUGGGGAUUCCCGCAUCGCAUCUGUUGCUGCGUAAUCAUGCACGUGCACACCAUGGGAUAUUUGUCGAAGGCCAAGGUCUCAUCAUGAUAGAUAUGGUAUUCCAAAAAAGGAUCGAUGGGCAGAUCCAAGCCAGCGUGUCAUCUUAUAUAUGUAUGCGUCUGCUCUCUUUUUUUUUUUUGUUUCUUUGUUACAAUAAAGGUAACCACGCGAUGGAUACCAUGUUCCUAC